AUGCCGUCAUCCAAGGGAAAACCUACUGAUCCCAAGCUAAGGGAGCAGGUCAAGGAAGAGGUCAAGAACAUGGAAAAGGGCGGUGGAAAGGGACAGUGGUCUGCUUGGAAGGCCUCGGAGAUGUCGAAGCGAUACGAAGCCAAGGGAGGUGGAUACGAGGACCAGGGCGACAACCCCAACGAAGCGUCCAAGGGUGCGCCGAAGCCCAAGAAGGAGGCCGUGGAAAAGGGAGAGCGCAAGGCUCCCGACGCGCCCGUCGGCGAGAAGAAGAAGCCCGCUUCCAAGGGCAGCGGCGAGAAGCGAAAGGACACUGACAACGAGGACACGGAGAAGAAGGCCGAUGAUAAGAAGGACGAAGCCGAUGCCAAGAAGGAUGACAAGAAGGCCAACGGGAAGGAGACGGCUGCCCAGCCCAAGGAGAAGAAGCAGAAGAAGGAGGCCAAGGAACCGGCCAAAGGCACCCGGACGCAGCCUUCCCGGGGGGUCAAGAAGUAG